AUGCGUUUUCUCCGAAGCAUCCGCCCUCGUACGGUCCAGGCUACCAUCGCCUGCUUGCUCACGCUCGCCCUCGUCGCCAGCGCCGAGCCCAUUCCGGCUAGGUAUAUUAACGCCACGCUCGAGAAACGACAGUACCACAGCCACUGCUGCCGGGAGGGAUGCAUAGACUGCCUGUUCAGGAGGUGCGAGGAACAGAACUGCCUCCCAAUCUGGAGUUCCUGCUGCUCCGAGGGCCGACGUCGAGAGGCCGCUCUCGCGAACCCGGGGCUGACCCCUGCCAUGUACGACGAGGACGGCCGGAUGGUGGCUUUGGUCGACUAA